GUCAUAAUCACCAAAGCUGGUAAAGGUCACUUCACAUUCCAUGUGGCUCCUCUGGUGAACGCACCCACCACCCAGGAUGAAUUGAAUCAACAUGUCUUGACGUUGACAGAUGGUCAAGAUCGCAGGAUUUCGCGACCAGUUGGAACACACAUCAUCAACUUGAAACUACCCACAGGAUUUGUAUGUGAUCACUGUGUCUUGCAGUGGCG